UUGGCCAAGUUAACGGUCGCUUAUCUUGCUUAGUUAAACAAACAUUGAAAAUUGAAGAAAAAAAAACGUUUUUAAAAAUUUGAAUUUUUUUGAAAUCAUUGUAAAAUCUGUGUGGGAGACUUUUAAAAGGAAGUUUUUUGUGCUUGAGCUUGUGAAUGGAAUUUAAAUUUUUUUCUAGUGCCACUUGUUGUGUGAGACAUCGCCCACAAAUUUUAUUGAGAUUGAGGACCAAGUCAAAAGAAUUUUAAUUUUUUUCUCGGAGGACAUCAAUGUGAUUUGAAAAAUCACUUUCCCUUUUUGACCAAAAAUUAACAUCACAGGACAUUGGAAUCCUUUUAAGUCAACCCACACAAAAGAAGAAAGUUUUCAUUCAAAAAAACAAAAAAAAGAAAGAAAAAGUGUCAUAUCGGCUAUUUAUUUUGCAUCUGUGUUUUACUUGGAGGGAUUCAAAGGCCAUCUAAAAAACAUCAUACAAAAAUAUCACGUCUCCGCCAAGUUACUGUGAAUUUUUAAGUAUUUGAAAAAAAGUUUUGCAACAGCAUAGCGAGAGAGAGAGAUAGAGAUUGUAAAACUCCCUGCUUAUAUUUGUUAAAUUUUCAUAAAAAAAGGACAUUUGCCGCACUGACAUUUAUUUGACUUGCAAAGGACUUGUCCACAUUGUGGCUAUUCGGGCAGAACAAACCAAGCCAAAAAAAAAGAGUAACAAACAAAUUAUCAUCAGCUUGUGACAUCCCACCAUUCCUUAACUCUUAACUAAAUAAAUUAAUUAAGUUAAUUCAGUGUCUAUGUACCGGCGAGUGUGUGAGAAGGAAAGCCAGUGUAAUAAGUGAACAAAUCAAGAUAUACUCGCCAACUUAUUGGACCAAAGACUUUGGUCACAGGAUUCAAGUAAAAUCCCUUCGCAAUUGUGCCCAUCCUUUUCUGGGGGAGUUAUUUAAAUUGAUAUUGUGGGACAUUUUGGCCUUUUUCAUAUUGCGUGUGCUUGUCUGGCCACCACAAAACAUCAACCAACACCUUCUCUGUGUUGUCAAAUAAGGACUUUGCAAUCUUGGCAACACCCUCAUCAUCAACACCAUCAUCUUCUUUCAAUCACUGUCAUUGUCAACAAGAGUUUGUGUGAAGAAUUCCUUUCGCCACUUACUUGCCCACCACUAUUCAAAAUGAAAGCCGCCGUUGUAUUCUUCUCAUUGUCAAUUAUAGUGCUGAGUGUUACGGCUUGGCCCAACGUAAAGAGGACAUUCGAUUUGUAUCCGCCCAAUCCAAACCCCUAUGAGAUACACACCAUAACAGAUUGUAUGCAUGUGGCUUCGGAGGCAGGUGAUUAUGCCUUUAAAAAGUUACCGCCACAUUCCAUACCCGCACCAGUGGCUGCUUUAUUUGGCACUACGGAUGAGACGGCCGCAGCGGCAUCUGCCAUGAUUCAACUGGAGGAAUCCUUGCAGGUUUGCGGUCUCUAUGUGAUUGGAGAACCCGAUACAAUAGUCGAGAUAACCAUGAAACACUACGAUGUGAAUUGUGAAACGGGAGCUUUGAUGGCGUUUGUCGAUGGCUGGGAGCUAAAUGGUGAAUAUUUUCCCUCCCUCAAGGAUCAUCAUCGACCGUUGGAGGAUAGAGUUCAGGAGUUUUGCAAUAAUUACAAACAGUGGCCCCGUUUAUCGAAUAAAAAAUUCUUCCGUUCCAAUCAAAAUGCCGCCCUGCUGCAAUAUCGCAUACCAGUCAAGGGCAGUUUCAUAGCAAAUGUUCGUUUUCACAAAAUCACCCAACCCUGCAACGUUUUGGUCCAAGAUACGGAUGCCUUAUUUCACAUCGCUAACUAUGGUCAUAAUCGUAAUUGUUCCAUAUCAGCUCUGUUCCCAGCCGCUGUGUCAGUGACAAAUCUUAAAAUUGGUGGCAAGGCUGUGCGACAGGAUAAACCAAAUUAUGAAUGCGGCAUGUUUGGCGACCGUUUGGAAAUUGGAGGCUCCUCGGGUUUGGAUUCAACGGCCAUGGAGAAGUCAAGUGAAAUAUGCGGUUUUGCCACAGAACCAGGACCUGAACAGGCGAUUUUCUGUGGCGUUACCACUUUACGUUUAAUAUCAACUGGACGUUUUCAAAAUCAAGCUGCUGUGAUGAUACGAAAAGCCGAUGAACAUGAUCUCGAUAUAGCCACUCUGAUUUGUGCUCUAUAAAUUCCCGCACACAAACACACCCACACACCCCCAACAAAAAUUACAAUUAAAUCGUUUUACUUAACCAACCAUCAAAGUUAGAAAAUGUGUAACCGAAAUUUAAAUUAACCACAUAAGAGAUUUUAAUGUAGCAGCAAUUAUUCUCCCCCCCAAAUACCCAAGGACAAGAAACCACAUCAAGAUUAAAGGCGCGAGGGGGGGUAGAAAAAACAAAAAUUCUCCCUAAUGGUCCCUUUUCACCAGCCACCAAUAAACAACAAGUAUUAGAAAUUGAACCAAAAAAAAAGAAAUGUUUUAAUAUAAA